AUGGAUGCCCGACCAAGCGCUCUGCGAAAGGCGCUCUAUGGUGGUCAUCACAGCGGCAUGGAUAGGCUCAGACGGAGCAGCGAGGCCAACGCUAGCAUCAGCGGGGCGUGCCCGCAACAGCGGCGGGGGAGUCCGGCCGAAGAAAGCAGGAAGCUGGGCUCGAUGCCGGCGACGACAGCCACGCAUUCUUGGGAAUUCCACGAACCGGCACAACCGCGCGGUUCCUCUCCCGUCUCGCGUCCGCCGUCGGUUAGGCAGCGGCAAGGCGGGCUGAGUGCCUUUCCGCCUAAGGGGUGGAGUGCUAGCGGCAGCGGCAGCGCGUCCUACGAGUCUGGGCGGUUCGAGCCUGCGGCAUCGUCUGCAGCAGAAUCCUCAGCGACAGGAAGCUUGGGAACUCCUCGUGGUAGUGCUCCAGGGCAAGGCCACCGGAAAGGGGCGGCUGACAGGGAAAUGGUCGGGGGUUCGGGAGCAGACAGAAGAGGAGAGGCAGCCCCCACACGCUCCUCCAUGCGGGCUGCGGGUGCCGGCAGCGGCAAAGUAGCCACCGACGGUAGAUAUAGUAGGAAAGCAACAGCCGCCGCCGAAAGUAGCAGUAGCAUCCUCAGGCGCGGGAGUACCAGUAGCAACCAGGCCGAGGAUCCAGUGCCCUCAGAUGCUACACCGCGGAGACUCCCGUCCUCCUCCGCCCGUGCGGUCUCCUGCCCUUCUGGUAGCCAAUACCUGGAACCGGGCUUUCAGCACGGCGACGCGGUAGUACCUCAUCGGCGACACGGUUCCCGCGGGGGGCAGACGAACCGAAGAGGUGACCACGAAGACGAAAACGAAGACAGCAGUCGCCGGUCGUCCGGCAGUAGAAUAGGCGGCGGCGGCGGCGGCGGCGGCGGUGGACACCGGGACGGCUACCGUCAUCACGACGGGGGCAGGAGCGGGGGUGCCGGGCUAGGCGCCAGGGGGAGCGUGAGGGCGUCCCCGUCGAUGGCAUCGUCGACCUCGGCAUCCACGGAGGGCGAACGUUGCUUGCCUUCCAUAGACGGCCUGGAAAUCAGCAACAAUCCAGCCGAGGAUAAACCGGAAGGUGGACGACAAGGAGGUGGAGAGGGAUCCGGUGGCCGCGGAGACCCAGGUUGUACACCGUCAUCGGCCAGACACGGGCGAGAUCUAGACCCACCAGGCGGUAGCAGCCAUGGUGGGGGGGCGCAUGCGGAGGGGAGGAGUAGGAUAGGGGAAGGGCUCCUUCCUGGAAAGGAAACGGGGGGACAAUUCAGCAACAAUAGAAACGAGGACGACGACGACCGCGACAACACCGGCAGCCAUAGAAGAGGCAGAAACAACAACAGCGACAGAGAUGAACCCGGCGACAAGGAGCAUGCCUACGUCGGUGCAUCGAGGUCGUCUGGGGGUAGCCGGGUGGAUCCCUCUGGGCAUGUCUCCGGGGGGCGGGUCGUGCCCGGCGGCAACGGCAAUAACAGCGGUGGCGACGUCGUCACCUCUAGAAGACGAGCCAGUGGUAGUCUCCAGAGUGAUUCAGAAGCAGCAGGACGGGCCGCGCGCAACAGUAGUAGCAGCAGCAGCAGCAGGAGCGGCAACAGGGACUGCCUGGUCGGCCUGCAAAACCUCGGUAAUACGUGCUUCAUGAACGCGUGCCUACAGUGCUUGCUGCAUACUGACGCCCUCGUCGACCUAUUUAGAGGCAGACAUGGGCACCGCGAGCAGCGUCUCCGCAGCCACAGCACCACAAGCCCGACCCACGGAGCUCUUGCGCAGGCGUUCGGGGAGUUGGUAGCCAUGGUGGAGGCAUCACCUGCCCACUCCAACGUAUCUCCCGCGCAGGUGAAACGACUGAUCGGUAGCGGUUUCAGAGUGUGGCAAGGCGUGGCCGCGGAAAUUGCGGAGUUCUUGCGUUUCUUCUUGGACGGGAUGGCAGAGGACCUCAACACACGAGGGGGUGGUGGUAGUGGUGGGCAAAAUCAUCACGGCCAUCAACGAGGGGCAACGACAUCACCUCAACAGCAACCACACGUCGAGGGCGGGGCAGGAGCAAGCGGGUGCCAUCACCAGCAACAGCAGCGCUCCGGUCCGCCGCCCCCGCCCCCGGCCAUCAACCAAGAGCUCACGGACGAACAAAUAUCGAGGCUCACCGCGGAGCAACAGGCCGACAGGGCCUGGGCCCAACACCGCGCGAGGAACAACAGUGACAUCACCGGCAUGUUUUGCGGCCAGCUGCAGAGCCGCAUCUCCUGCCUGACUUGCGGCAACGUUAGCUUCUGUUUCGACCCUUUCUUCGAUCUUUCGGUGCCACUACCCAGCGGCAGUGGCCGAGCUGGGGCAGCAGGAGAGCGGGGCGGAGACGAGGGGGGGGGCUACGGCGGGAGGAAUAGUCGGGGCUCUCACAGCUCAGGGGGCAGGGGGGGGGAGAGCAGCUCGGCGUUCGGAGGCACGAGCGCCACCACCACAACCACCCUGGAAGAUUGCCUCCGGGCUUUCAGCACGGAAGAGACGCUCGACGGGGACAACCGACCGGUGUGUACCCGGUGCCGCAAGCGCCGGAGCAGCUCCAAGGGUCUGGCCGUCCACCGCUUCCCCCCCAUCCUCGUCAUCCACCUCAAGCGUUUCCAGUACAGCUCCACCAGCCGAACCAAGCUAGCGACGGCGGUCGAUUUUCCGAUCGGGUCGGAGCUUGAUCUCUUCCCGUACUCCACUCCGGCCGCGCGCCCUUCUUCAUCGGGAAGUAGCGGUGGCGGCGCGAACAAUAGUAGUCACACGAGGAGCACGUCUCGAGGUAGCGCGGGCGGCGGCGGCGGCGGCGGCAAUAGCGGACAACGCCCCCCGCUGUACGAGCUUUACGCGGUGUGCAACCACAUGGGGGGGCUUCACGGGGGACACUACACGGCCCACUGCCGAAGCAGAUCCCGCGAUGGUGGUAAUGGCGGAGUUACGGCCGGGGAGUGGCACACGUUCGACGACACACGAGUGAGUCCGGUGAGCACGUCGCGAGUGGGAGGGGCGGCGGCUUAUGUCCUGUUUUAUCGCCUCUUGGAGAGCCAACACGCGAGAUGAUGUUCGGGGGGUCGUACUCCUGGUGAAAUCUGUUGAUUGAGAUUGUGCUCACAGUUAGACUUGUUGUUUAGCAAACAAGAAGUUCCCGCCUUGCAUUGUUGUAUUGUUUUUGCUGGUAUCUCUUGUCGGUUCUCAUAGAAGAAUUGUGGAGUCAAGUACUUGAAGGUUUUAUCCAGUCUUUUGAUCUACGGGAAGUGUACGGUAGAAAGAGGAAAAUACUAGCAAAGCGAACGUGUUCAACCCUUGUGUUUGCAUGCAUAGACAUCCGCGGGCCGUCGCUCGCAUUUUAUCGCUUUGGCCCGACUUAUUUUAUUUGGGGCGUUCGGGUGUUGCGUAGCUGGGAGCGUUUUGCUGCCGAAGAUAUGUACGUAUCCCCGUUGGUCUGGGAGCAGGGGUGUUUCUACGUUUUUACGAUGGUUGUACCGUUGGGUUCGCCAUGUAUGUGUCAUGUUGGCUCCGUAAAGCCUACAAAAGUGUGUUUCCCAAACGAUGCAGCCGAGACUAAUUUGCAUUGCCCGGGCAUCUCGUUUGAGUGGCCCAGUGCAACCAAUAUCGCCAGUAGUGGGGAAAGUAAUCCACAAGACUGGCCGCGAACACCACAAGGGAAAUGCCCGCGCCCUAUCCCUAACUCAAGGCACCCACUUCGUGAACACGCGUACAGGAGAUGGUUGAAUUGAUCCGGUUCACACGGCCGAACUGUAGACUCUUCUCGCCUGAAUGACUCACUUCUGUGGCUUCGCUGAAGAGCAUGCAGUGCGCAGAACUCACCCUCCAGGCAGCAGGCAAAACCCACGCAACUAAAAAGCCGUCCUUGCGUUGGAUUCCUCUGUCCACGGUCGUCCCAACCGACCGCCUAUGCCCACCACACUACAAAUACGAGGGCACGCCUGGGUUGUAUUGUCCGUGCACCAGCACCCGUGCACGCAUCAUGCCAUGAAUGUACCAAGGACCCCAACCCUAAUGCUAAACCUUGACUGCUGUGUGUACAUAGUGUCAAUCAGAGCGUUCGCGGAGGCCGUACUUGCUGCCGUAGCCCGCGCACGGGAGCGACUUGUAUCACCGAAAAACCUUUAACUGAAACCGGAGUACCCUUGACCGACUCACGAUCAUCCCUCACGGGCGGGUCGAGUUUGGUUGACAAGUAAGUUACAACUGUAUUGUCUCGUGCGAACAACACUCAAAGAGCCCCCUGCAUACAUAGUUUCGAUUUGUAGAAUGUCGUC